AUGCCCUCUUCGCUUUGGGAAAUGUGUCUCUUUGUCCUCCGCAACCUUCCAGGACCAUCUGACGAUGUCUUGUCCUAUCGAUUCCAUUGCCGCGCCGACCAUUGGAUCAUCGCCUCUGUCAAGGCAACUCUUCGAUCACUUCAAGAGUCUUUCGGUGAGCAUCUGGCCAACCGAGAGGACACGCUGAAACUGGAGGAGAUGGGCCUCACUAUAUGCAAUAAUACUGCCCGUCCACUCCGGGACGAGUACCCAACCGGCCAGGACUGGCUUGACCAAUUUGGUUGCUCAGCCCUUCGCUGGGAAUCGCUGGGCUUGAUCUGGACCUACUGGGAUGGCUCACCUAACGCGAACCCCCGGACUAUCGCGACAAGCCUCGGAUAUUGUAUCGAAUUGGCCCGGCACUUUUCUACUGCCAACGACUUGUUGGUGUAUCUUUGUUACCGAAGGGCGACCAUUGAGUCCCUCAUUACAGGAGAUGCAGGCUUGUUAUGCUGGCGCUACCAUGCCGACACAAUCUCAUUGAUGACUUUUCUAGGAUUGCACGUCGGGUCAGAGAAUGCAGAUUAUGUGCCAUCGCUUCGCUUAGAGAGCAAGCGUCGCCUAGCUGCACGCAUCUUUACCAUCGACAAGGUGAUGGUCUCCUUCACGGGGAGACCGCCCCUUAUCGGCCGCCGAUACUUUUCGACUCCUCUCCCUCUGGAUAUUCGAGACGAGGAUUUACUGGCGGAUCAGGCGACUAUAAGCCGUGCGAGAAAGACGUUGGAUGAGGAUGGGUGGAAUAGAGAAGGCGAGAUGCAUUCGGCAACACUUAUUCGGGCGCGGGUGCAGAUUGCUGUUAUUAAAGAUGAGCUGCUUGAAUUUGCGCUUGAGGACGGCUCAAAGGCUACUUUGGAAAGCCUCAGCGAGAUCAAAGCCCGCGCGGAGAGAAUCGUGGCCAAGUUCCCGCAGAGUCUUAUUCACCAUCCAGAAGAUUCUGACAGCCCGGACUUUGAAGUAGAUACAAUCUACACGAGGAUUUUAAUUCGAUUGGAGCACCUGCAGAACCUCUUCUUUGCGGAGAGGUUAUUGUUGCGCCUCGGACAUUCGGACCAGAGCCGGCUGCUGAUAAUCAGCUUUGAGAUGGUCACUCUGACGCUGAUCUUUUGGACUCAGCAGGAUCGCUUUGCAGAAGUCCGAAGGGACUUUGAAUGGCUGUUAAUGGCUUACGCUGCUCCUGGGGGAGGCAUCCUUUGUCUGGAGCUGUUGCGACCGACCUUUCACGGUAUUCAUCCGGAUUGUGCCAAAUUGAGUCGAUCGAUGAUUAUACAGAAAUUGAGCCUUCUUAUUGGGUUUCUUGACUGGGUGAGGCCGCCAGCUCCUAACGCGGAUCUUUGUGCCGAUUGCAAGGCCGUCAUUCAAGGCGUUCUCGAUCAUAAUCUCAAUGCUCCUUUAGCGGGCGGAGGUGCCUUGGAGACACUCGAUUGGGGUAUGCCGAUGCAGCUUGAUUUCAACUUUGAUCUUCUUGAUACCUUUGACUGGUUACGUGCGGAGUAG